AUGCCCAAUUUUGGCAGAGCCUCCAUGCUGAAGCCAAAUCGUACUGUGGUGACUGAAUUCAUCCUCAUUGGCUUCUCCACAUUCCCCCAUCUUCAGGUAAUGUUCUUUGUGAUACUUCUGUUGAUGUAUUUGUUCACACUGCUGGGCAACCUUCUCAUCAUGUUGACAAUCCGGAGUGAACGAAGCCUCCACACACCCAUGUAUUUUUUCCUAUGUGCGCUCUCUAUCUCAGAAAUUUUCUAUACUUUUGCUAUCAUCCCUCGCAUGCUCAUUGACCUGGUCUCCAAUCACAACACCAUCUCCUUCCUGGGUUGUGCCAACCAGAUGUUCUUCUCCUUUACAUUUGGCUUCACCCACUCUUUCCUGCUCACAGUCAUGGGCUAUGACCGCUAUGUGGCCAUCUGCCACCCUUUGCGCUAUAAUGUGCUCAUGAACCCACAGGGAUGUGCCUGGCUAGUGGUCUCCUCAUGUCUUGGUGGUGUGGUAAUGGGACUGAUGGUUACACUUUCCAUUUUUCACUUGACUUUCUGUGGGCCCAAUAAAAUUCACCAUUUCUUCUGCCAUGUACCCCCUUUGCUGAAGCUAGCUUGUGGUGACACCUCAGUGGUGGCCAUGGGAGUGGGGAUGGUCUGCAUCACAGUCCUAUUGGGCUGCUUCCUCUUUAUCCUCCUCUCCUAUGCUUUUAUUGUGGCCACCAUCUUAAGAAUUCCUUCGGCUGAGGGCCGUCGGAAAGCCUUCUCUACUUGUGCUUCUCAUCUCACUGUAGUAGUUGUGCACUAUGGCUUUGCCUCUGUCAUUUAUCUUAAACCCAAGGCCCCAGAAUCCCUGGAAGGAGACACUCUGAUGGGCAUUACCUACACAGCUCUCACUCCCUUUUUGAGCCCCAUAAUCUUCAGCCUGAGGAACAAGGAACUGAAGAAUGCCCUGAAAAAAGUCUUCUUCAGUAGCCAAUAUCCCUUGAGACUUUGA